AUGCCGGUUCGGCGGGGACACGUGGCUCCUCAGAACACUUUUCUGGAUACAAUCAUCAGAAAAUUCGAAGGACAGAAUCGCAAGUUCAUCAUCGCAAAUGCUCGUGUGGAAAACUGUGCCAUCAUCUUCUGCAACAACGCCUUCUGUGGCAUGUGCGGGUACACACGCGCUGAGGUCAUGCAGAAGCCGUGUACCUGCAGCUUCCUGUAUGGACCGCACACCAAGAGGCCUGCCGUGGCCCAGAUGUCCAAGGCUCUGCUGGGCUCCAAGGAGAGGAAGGUGGAUAUCUCCCUCUACACCAAAGAUGGUGUGUGUUUCUCCUGUAAAAUCGAUGUGGUGCCAGUGACAAAUGAGGAUGGCUUGGUGAUCAUUUUCAUCCUCAACUUCGAGCUUCCCACUGAUCCACCUAUUCCCAGGUCUCCAACUAGAGAGCUCAACCACAAGUUGCCCAUCCCCUGGCUGACCCUAAGUAAGCAAAAAUGUCGGAAUAGGUUGGAGAACGACACCGAGCUGGGCCACCAGCGGGACCUCCUUGCUCUGGGUCAUGAGUCUGUGGCGCUGAAAAAGCUGCUGUCCCUGCCAGAGCGCCGGCGUCUGGGGUGCACCGGGGUACUACUCCGGGAUGAGGACCAGAGAGCCCUGCUGGGAGGUGAGUCCAUCUUGCUCUCCACAGACACAUCCGAUGCUCCCCCAGCCCUGUCCCUGGGCUUCUCCCAGUCCUCCCCCAGGCUGCACUGCCUCCGGAUGGAUGAGGAAUGUGGCUCCAACUGCAUCGUGACGCCCAGCCACUCCUGUGAGAGCCUCUGCAGCCUGCGGCACGUCUCCUCCGUGGACGGCAUCAAGAUCCUGAGGGGACGGGCCAGCUGGCACGGGAAGCUCCAGACGCGGCCCAGCAGCACAGGCGGAAUGACCUGUAUGAAGUCCAGCCUGCGUAAUGUUACAUCUGACACCACGUCUGACCCAAACCUUAUCCGCUUCCGGACCUUUAGUCACGUGACACAGGUCAACCCACUUGAAUACAGGCCCGACCCCCUGGUGGCCCGCCCGUCCGCAGAGAGGGACAUAAUCGCCCCGUGUAAACUGAUGGACCGCACACACGGGGUCACUGAGAAGUUCACUCAGGUCCUCUCACUAGGUGCAGAUGUCCUACCAGAGUACAAGCUCCAGACCCCUCGCAUCCAUAAAUGGACCAUCCUGCACUACAGCCCCUUCAAGGCGGUGUGGGACUGGGUCAUCCUGCUCCUGGUCAUCUACACUGCCAUCUUUACCCCCUACUCUGCGGCCUUUCUCCUUAGUGACCAGGAGGGGGCGGCCAUGCAGACCUGUGGUUACUCCUGCUCUCCGCUCAACGUGGUGGACCUCAUCGUGGACAUCAUGUUCAUUGUUGAUAUCAUCAUCAACUUCAGGACGACGUACGUCAACAACAAUGACGAGGUGGUCAGCCAGUCACAGCGGAUCGCUGUGCACUACUUCAAAGGCUGGUUCCUUAUAGACAUGGUGGCGGCUAUCCCCUUUGACCUGCUCAUAUACCGCUCAGGAGAAGAGACAACAACCCUGAUUGGUCUGUUGAAGACUGCUCGGCUGCUGCGAUUGGUGCGCGUAGCUCGGAAGCUGGACCGAUACUCUGAAUACGGAGCGGCCGUCCUAUUCCUCCUCAUGUGUACCUUUGCCCUCAUAGCUCAUUGGCUGGCCUGUAUCUGGUACGCCAUUGGUAAUGUGGAGCGUGCAGGAGCAGCCCGGAUUGGCUGGCUGGACUCUCUGGGUGACCAGCUCGGAAAACCCUACAAUCAGACUAUACCAGGGUCAGGUCCCUCCAUAAGGGACAAGUAUGUGACAGCGCUCUACUUUACCUUCAGUAGCCUGACCAGCGUGGGCUUUGGAAACGUCUCACCCAACACCAACUCUGAGAAGAUCUUCUCCAUCUGCGUCAUGCUCAUCGGCUCUCUGAUGUAUGCUAGCAUAUUUGGUAAUGUGUCAGCCAUCAUCCAGCGGCUCUACUCCGGCACAGCUCGCUACCACACCCAGAUGCUGCGGGUUCGAGAAUUCAUCCGGUUCCACCAGAUCCCCAACCCACUGAGGCAGCGGCUGGAAGAGUACUUCCAACAUGCCUGGUCCUACACUAAUGGCAUUGAUAUGAAUGCUGUGCUGAAGGGCUUCCCAGAGUGCUUGCAGGCUGAUAUCUGCCUGCACCUCAACCGCACCCUGCUGCAGAACUGUAAGGCCUUCAAGGGCUCCACUAAGGGCUGCCUGCGGGCCCUGGCCAUGAGGUUUAAGACCACCCAUGCCCCGCCAGGCGACACCCUGGUUCACGCCGGUGACAUCAUCUCAGCUCUUUACUUCAUCUCCCGUGGAUCCAUAGAGAUCCUGAGAGGGGAUGUGGUGGUGGCCAUCCUGGGUAAGAAUGACAUCUUCGGAGAGCCCAUUAACAUGUAUGCCCGUCCAGGGAAGUCCAAUGCCGACGUGAGGGCUCUGACCUACUGUGACCUCCAUAAGAUCCACAGAGAGGACAUGCUGGAGGUGCUGGACAUGUAUCCCGAGUUCUCUGACUACUUCUGGGGGAACCUGGAGAUCACCUUCAACCUCCGGGAUACUGCCACGGUUGCUGGCUCAAUGAGCAGUAAGGACUCUGACCAUGGUGGAGUCAACCAUCGCAUUCCCAGACAAAACCUGUCUCUCAGCUUGGACAGAGAUGCAGGGGAGACCAAUCUAUCCCAGAGACCUGUCCGCAGUGCCAGAGGCCAGAGCUCCAGAGACGAGGGAGAUGGGCAGAACACAGAGUUUGAUGGGCUGAGGAACUCAGUUUAUUCUUCUUCCCACUCCAGCGGAGAUGAGGAGUCAGUGUUAACCAGCCCUGUACAUCCAACUUCAUUAAUCAGUGCUUCAGAAGAUGAGAUGAACCAGAAAACUGGCAACACCUGCAACGCUCUCUCAGGGGCUAUCUCAGGUGUCUCCAACAUCUUCAGUUUCUGGGGGGAGAGCCGCGAGCAGCAGCACUAUCAGGAGGUACCCUGCCACAGCCUGCCCUCCCCUCCCCUUCAUCCUCCCACUCGCAACGUUGCCCUGAGCAGCAACAACCGACGGCAGCGGAGCGAGCUAGAGAACAGGCUGGACCUGCUGCAGAGACAGCUCUACAGAUUGGAGUCACGGAUGUCAACAGACAUCGGGGCCAUCAUGCAGCUGCUCCAGAGACAGAUGGUGCUGGUGCCCCCGGCCUACAGCACAGUGUCCUCCUACCCUGAACCGUCUGUCACCCCCACCCUCACCCCCAAGCCUGCAGAAAGGCUGGUGCAGCCUGCCUCACCACUGGACUCAGAGAUCCUAGCCUCCUUCUCACAGUUCUUGGUCGACACAGACUUUGACGACAGCCCUUCCAAGUCCUGUGAGUCUCUGCACAGCAUGGAGCCAACCCCAGUCCUGGAGACACUCCCCCAGACUCAGCCUCUUCGCAUUAGCAUCCAGCCAGAGCAUCAACCCCUGGGCUUGUCCAGCCAUCCAGAUACUGUGCCCUUAAGCCUGGUCAAACAUGGGAACUUCUCAGAGUCAGUGCCGGGGUCAGGGCCAGGAUUGGCCCAGUCAGAGCCCUCAUAUGGCCGGCGGCGGCGGCUCUCCCUGCCUGGGAAACACACAGCUCUGGACCUGGAGAGCCCCUGGACAACUGCACACAGAUACAGCUCUGACCCUGGGAGUUAG